CUGUUUUUAUAAACUUCAGAAUUUAAAAUCCAGAUUUGUUUGCUAAUUAGAAAAAUGAAUGUAGAAAACAAUAAAAUUAGUCACUAAUUUCUUCGAGACUUUCAUAAUUUCUUUUAUUGUUCGGCUGUAAUAAAUAUCGGCGAAAUGGUAAGACUACUUUAGUCUGCUUUUGAAAUUUGUGAAAACUGGCUGCACUCUAUACAACAAUACCGAAGAUGAAAUAUUUCGUUUUGGUAAUGGCAAUUUUUGCCCUGGUCUCUUCGGUCUUCGCCUUGAAGGAUCCCGUUUGUGGUCUUCCACAUUCCCAAAUUGGAGAUGGACUCAGACGCUGUCGGGCACUUAUUCCGUCAUGGUCCUACGAUGAGGAGGCCAAAGAAUGUGUCUCCUUCAAAUAUGGCGGUUGCGGAGGAAACGAUAAUCGUUUCAACACCAAAGAAGAAUGUGAAGCCAAAUGCAAAGAAUAGUUAUGACAUAGUUUGGUUAUAAUAAAUUAUACGAUAUACAGCUGAAAAUAAUAAAAAUAAAUAAAUAAGAGUUGUA